UUUUUUUUUUUUUUUUUUUUUUACAUUCUCUCCACAACAACAAUGGCUUCAUUAGCUUCUUCACGUCUCCGUCUCACCUCUUCAGCUUCGACUCAUCUCCACCGUUCCCAUGUCGAGCAACAUAGCUUUCUCCUUCAAAGACCAUCGAACCUGUCCUUCCCUUCUCCUUUUGUUUCUACUUCUAUGCUAGGGUUUGCGACUGGCAUUUCCAUUGGGAGGAAGGAGCAGCGGUCAUCGUUUUUGGAAACGGCGGCGGUUAGGCAUUUGGUUGGAUCGCUAACCAGAGGGGAGGGCCUUCGCUUCGCUGUGGUUGUAGCACGGUUCAAUGAGAUUGUGACAAAGCAUCUUUUGGAGGGUGCCUUGGAAACUUUCAAGAAAUAUUCAGUUAAGGAAGAAGAUGUUGAUGUUGUGUGGGUUCCUGGUAGCUUUGAAAUAGGCAUUGUUGCAGAAAGGCUAGGGAAGUCAGGAAAUUAUCAUGCAAUUUUAUGUAUUGGAGCUGUGAUAAGAGGUGAUACUACCCACUAUGAUGCUGUUGCUAAUUCAGCAGCAUCUGGCGUACUUUCAGCUGGUAUAAAUUCAGGAGUUCCAUGCAUAUUUGGCGUUCUAACAUGUGAUGACAUGGAUCAGGCUUUAAAUCGAGCAGGUGGAAAAGCUGGGAAUAAGGGUGCUGAGGGUGCACUGACAGCUAUAGAGAUGGCAUCCCUGUUCGAGCACCAUUUGAAGUAGUGAUAGAGUUGCAACAAAUAAACUCGAAUCAAUCCCUUUUUCCCAUGUGCCUUCCUUUCCUUUGACUUUGAUGUUUACCUUCUUGUUGGAAUAAUGUGCAAGUAUCAUUGAAAAAUAUGAAAUGCAGGGGGUCUCAGGGCCUGUUUGAUGUUGAGGUUGAAACUUCUAGGUAGGGAAAAGAAAAUAUUACUACUUUGGAUGUUGGAACAAGCAAUUUAUGACAAAACCAUACUCUACUGCAAGAUCAGCAAGCUUAUCAUCCA